UUCUCCGGGAGCGUAGGUCUAGUGUGACGUCACGGUAGCCUAGUUGGGUUAGGUUUUACGCUGGAAAUUCUAACGAAAAAUUUUUGUUUGACGAUUGAUGUUUUCCUCGUCGCAUUCACCGAACCGAGCGACGUAGCGAGCUGACGUAGUGGCGACCGGUGAUCGUGUUUUAUAAAUCGUGCGAUCGCGAAACCCCGCGCUGUCGACGUAUAUGAAAUUUUAAACGGAAAAUGAGUCGACAUGAAGGGGUAAGCUGUGACUCCUGCUUAAAGGGUAAUUUUAGGGGUCGCAGAUACAAGUGCCUCGUAUGCUACGAUUAUGAUUUAUGUGCCAGCUGCUAUGAGGGUGGUGCCAGUACUACACGCCACCUUACUGAUCAUCCUAUGCAGUGUAUUCUCACUAGAUCUGAUUUUGAAUUGUAUUAUGGUGGAGAAGGUGUCAGUGUAGAACAACCUCAAUCUUUAACUUGUCCUUAUUGCACAAGAAUGGGUUUUACUGAAGCUACUUUGCAAGAACAUGUUGCUGCGGAUCAUCCAGACACUUCAUUUGAAGUUGUUUGUCCAGUUUGCGCAGCUUUACCAGGUGGGGAUCCCAAUAAUGUAACAGAUGAUUUUGCUGGUCAUUUGACUUUGGAACAUCGUAGUGGACCAAGAGAUCUCAUUUCUCUUCUGGACGAGCCAGCUUCAAGUCGACAUGGAGUCAGACGAAUACCACACCCAUCCAGAGGUGUAGGAGGGCAACGUCCACGCAGGUCCAACAUGCAUUUCAGUUCGUCUGGAGGAUUAAGUCCCAGUAGUCGAGAGGGUAUAGAUCCAAUCGCAGAAUUGUUAUCGCAAUUGUCGGGGGUUCGUCGAAGUGGUGGUGGUACAGGACAAAAUUCUUCGGCACCGUCUCAACUACAGCAGUUGCAAAUGCAGUUACAGUUGGAACGGCAACAAGUUAGAGCUGCUAGGCAACAGUUGGAACGGUUGCCCAGGAGACAGACACAGGUUAUUGGUUCAGUUAGUGGAGGAGGUGGUACAAGUGGUGGUCACUCUACUACUAUGGCAAGUGUAGUGGCAAACAGUACAAGUAGUAAUAACAAUGCAACCAAUGUGGCCAACUCAUCUAUUGUUUCAUCUACCAACUCACAGAGCUCAAUGUUUCUGUUGCCUAGAUGCAUUACAACUACUUUGUCCGAUUCACAAUUGCAAAAUGUUGAACGCGAGAGUGCAAACAGAAGCCUCUUCGUACGUGAACUUAUUCUCGGGACACUUUCGCAAACAUUGCCAGAUUUGCUACAACAACAAUUGUCCAUUGCACAGACACCAAUAUCAAGUGCAACUACUGCCACGACAAGUCCUGAAACACCAAAUGCAAAUGCUUCCACGAUUCCCACGAAAAAAUUAAAUGUAACUCAAGAAACAAAACGAGAUCAAACAUCAAGUAAACAUGUAACGCCACCGCCUGUGCAGCAACAGCAGCAAUCACAUAUUGUCCAAGCUGCAACCGGUAGCGUAGGAGCAGGUCUGCAAAAUCAAGGAUUAUCUACAAAUUCUAAUAGUAUCACGUCGCAGAAUCCACCUAUGGUUCAAACGUUGAUGCAUAGUGUAUUACCCCAACCACUGGUACUGCAGCAGCCACUGCCUCCACCAAUUAGGAAUACUGGUACUGGGACCAUCAGAGAACCCAUAGCAAGCCCGGCACCUGCAUACCUGAGAGGUGGAGUGGGUCCGGUUGGUGUUACAGGUCCUUCACGUAGAAAGCCAGUUAGGGCUGUAGAUGGAAGAAACCAAUCUACGGAACCUCCACCCCCGCACUAACCCCUCCUUAGCCUAUACCCAUCCACCCUGAUUCCUCACAGGACCCUCUAGCACUAGUCCUAGCACUGUUUAGAACACCUCAUCAUUAUUGUUAUUAUUAUUAUAAUAUUAUAUAUUAAUAAUUAUUCAAAUGUCCUCUCCUGAUCCUCUUUGCCCUUCUAUUUUCCAAACUCUAAUCUCGUUACCUUUUGCCAUUAUGUGACAUGGAACAAGGGCAAGGGCUAAUUUCAUUGUUGUAUGCAGAAAAUGUAUAUAACUUUUUGCAGUUAUGUUCGGAAUAUGAUUCCUUUGUUUAAUUUUGUUUUGAUUACAGCGAGUCUUGCCACGUUCUUUUAAACCACAUGAGUUUAUCGAUAAUCGAAUUUAAUCCAAAUUAAUGGAUCGCUUUUUAAAAGCAACAACAGUAUAUGUUUAACGGUUUCAUAAAUAAUGAAAUAAUGAAUCUUGAAGACAUCAGCGGAAGAAUAUUUGGUAUCCGAUCGGUUUCAAAUUAUAAUACGAUGCGUGUCAUAUUAUUUCAUUGCUUCUUAUAAAGCAGCAAAAAUCAUUUUUGGGUCAAUUAAACACGAUUGACUUUUUUUCGAGUAGUAAUAUGUUACCUAAUAUUUACUCAAAAAGAUACAGUAUAUUUAUAAAAUAUUUAUAAUCAAUAUGCCUGGGUUGGUCCAUGAUACUAAUUUUUUAAUUUAUCAUUUUCCGCUCCUUUCUCCUUACGUAAUUUAUCUGUAACGAGAAAGAAUUUGUGUCAAUAUUAAUAUACUAAUCACUUCA